CCUGUCGGUAGGAUAGACCGGCACAUAAUCAUCAUGCAGGAUACAUUGUUGCGGCUGCAAUGAUGUACGAGUACGAAUAAGAAGAGUCGCUGCAGGUACGGCGAGAGAUUAUUUGGUUUCACACGUACCCCUAUAAAACCAAUUUCUCCCAUAAUGUCGGGCGGGGAUCUUCGCGUUCUUCGCCAAGAGCCAGGGCAGGAGAGCCCGAGGAUGCCGGCCUGGAAACGCGAGAUCCUUGAGCGGAGAAAGGCGAAGGGCGGUGGGACCGGAGCAGGUGCCGAGUCCGUCGCAUCUCAACUUAACGGCGAGGUAACGGCCAGCAAAAGCAAGGAUGAUAUUAGCAGCGCACAUUAUAGCAGGAACUAUACCAUUACCGCUGCCAAGCGCGCGACCAAAAGCCCGGAUCUGUCACCGGUGAAAACAAAAGAGCACUGGCCAUCCGCUGACCCGAGCCGCACGAAGGAGAGAACUGCGAGAGACAACAGAGCUCUGGAGAGCCUGGUAUCACAAGAGAGCUUGGGUCCGCUGCAGGAAAACCCAUUCAUUAAAUUAGAAAAAGAACGCAAGAAGCGUCAGAGCCAAGAGAACGCCGCGCGACCGGUUCAGCACAUCCUCGAGUUAUACGGCGGCGUUCCCGGGAUACGGACUAUACGCGCUGAGAAUAUCAUCAUUAUUGAAUCCGACCCGGAGUACUUCUCGGAAGGAUGUGGUUCGAAGCAUGCAUCGAAACUGCAGCAGAACGGCAUGGUGAGCGGAUACAGCUCUCUCAAUGACCUGUUAGACCGGAGAGGUAGUCCGGUUACGGAGAUAUGCGCGAAGGAAGUGGUCAUUUACGAUACUGCGCUUAGUAAAAGCGAGGAGAACCUCAGCACGCUGGGAAGACCCGCGUCCGCCCCGCUGGAGGGGCAAGGAAGGGUGAGUCGUAUGUUACAGAAAUUUGACAUGAAUUAUUGCAAGUUGCAGGCCAAGUCACGAAGCACGGAAAACCUCCUGGACUUAGACUCUAGUCCUGUCAGGCCAAGCUCCAGACCCACGCCAGAUGUGGUGCCAAAAUGCCCAGUGUUUCCUCAAGCCAGCUCUCCACACAGCAAGGUCUUCCAAAAUGUCCCGUCUUCCAUUGGCAACCAUCACACCUCUCCUAGUGACUCAGGGAGUAGUACACCCGUUUCUGGAUCCCCUCAGUUAGUGUCUUCAUGUAGACGUUUCGAGGGGAGCGGAGGAAGAAGUGUCAUUGUGUAUCCAAAGGAGGACACUGAGAGGUCUUUGUCCAAGCCUGUUAGAGAACGGGACUGGGACAGCACAGAUGGGGCCUCUAAAGCCAAGGUGCCAUGCUCUCCGGAGAGCCACCGUGCUCGUGCCGACUGUACUCCUAGCCCCACAUCACCCCCCUUAUCACCCAGCUUUGAGAUCCGCCCGUCCCCUCGCCCAGAUCUUUCUCUCCUUCCGCCUGGGGAUCUACAGGCUCGUGCACUCGCCAACUUACGACUCCAGUCUCGCAAUUCCUUCACCGUCAUUCCCAAGAGUCGUGCAGCCAUUUCGUCACCUGGCAGCACAGCCCCAUCCAGCCCUGUCCUUUCCCCCCCAUCCCCACGACCCCUGGUGGGUGUGGCAGCUUCAGAGCCCACAGUGCCAACCCCCUUGCCCGCUUCCUUCAUACCUUCCACACCAAAGCUUACAGAAAAGGUGACCAUAGAAGCCAAAACAGGGUCUCCACAACAUACCCCACCUGCCACACUCACCUCUCCAGCCCCAGCUUCUCCACCCUCAAUUGGCUCUCCCGUCAAAUCAGUCUCAUCUCCAAAUGAACCUCCGGUUGAUGAGCUGCCUAUCACAAACAUUGAUGACAUAGUCGUGGAGCCCACGCCACCCUUCCUGAGCCCUGCAGUGCAGAGGCGCAAAGGAAAUACGUUUACAGUUGUUCCGAAACGGAGGCCCGAGGCCCCGUCUGGCCCUGAUGAGACCCCAGAAGUCGUCAGUGAAUCUCAGAGCACACCACAGGCCCCUUAUGCCCAUCUGGGAACCCUGAUUAAAAAGCGUUACCCUGCUGCAGAGCAGAUUGAGGUCAUUGGGGGCUACCUCUCCCUUGGACGAUCCUGUCUCUCGAAGACUGGCUCAACAGGAAAAAAGCUGAAAAUAUCCUUCAACGAGUCCAGCCUGCAGAGCACUUUCGAAUACCCAUCUGAGAGCAGUGUGUGGGACAGCGGAGAGGACGAGGAGGAAGGAGAAGGAAAAGGAGGAGAAGAUGAUGGAGGGAUCAUUGCAGGGAGGAUAAGCAUUCCUCGUGCCAGCUACAGCAGCUCACCCACUCACUCCAACAACACCACGGAUCUUUCCAGUUACACACCUAAACACUCCGUGGAGUUUAACGCAUGGCAAGAACACAAGCUUGAUAAGUCUGCUCACCAGGGGGAAGAUACUUCACAGAGUACAGAAGAGGUCAUGCUGACACCUGCUGAUAGCUCCUCUCUGUCAGACUUCAGCAGUGAACCAGCCCUCUACUUCUAAACCUUCCAGAUGUCUGGAAAAUACGGGACCAACCAUUGCCUGCCAGCACCAGCCUGGACGCAAAGAAACAACUUCCAGAACAGUGGGACCAGUAGCAAACCAGCACGGAAACAUACAUUCCCUAUUCAAUGCCCAUACACCAUCAUCGUCAACAGCAGGACUGUCCUCAUUGCUGAUCCACACAGUGGAUGUGUCACUCACAUUUAACCUCCUGUUGCCACCGAUUGUGAUUGUGAUAGACAUGGAAAAUGGCUCAAACAGUCAUUCCACUCUUGAAUUUCACUCUUCCAUCACAUACUUGCUCUACGUAUGUAAUCCUCACCUCAUGAAAGUGACAAAAUUUCUAAAAGAGAGAAAGAUGUGAGACUUCUCUUAAAGUAGAGAAGGAAUCUUGGAAGGUGUGUAAUGGGACUCCAGAAAGAUACAAUAUUAGGGUGAAGCAACAAAAAAUAAAUAAGUGACUUAUGUACAGUAUGACUGGUAAAAGGGUGCCACAAUCUGUGUUCAUUGUGAUGUUUUUGUAUGUGCAUGUGUAGGUCUGUAUUGACAUGACUCCCAAACUAUAGAAGCCCUCCACUUUAGUUUAAUUUGUUUCCUUUUGUAUGUCUGCGUUUCAGUCAAGGUAAGCAUUUCUAAUGCACACACUGAUAUACUAUACAGCUAAAAUACUAAUAACACAUUAGUGAUCCUAGAUCUGUUUUAACGAGCAGCUUGUAAUUGGUCAAAACAUUCAAUUUUGCUUUUCUUUUUAUGGUAAUAGAAUUUAUUAAUCACUUAAAAUUUUAGUCAUAAUUCGGAUCACAAAUUCAAUCAUAAAUGCAAGUCAAUCUUGUGAAGAAAUGCCAAGGUUCAAUUUCACCCCAUAGCAUAAAUACAACAAAGUCUGUUUUUAGGUUUUUACUACCUCUG